UUCUCUUAUUUACGAGUCAUUGACUGGCUGCUGGAGGCUGUUACUCCAUCCUGCUGCUGCCACUCCAUCACUCCACCGUACUCCAACAUAUGGUCCUCCAACACCACCUCCAACACUCGAUUUAUGUUGAUUUUUGUGAGGGAGGAAGACGGGUGUGAGGCAGUAGUGUAGCGUAAAUUGUCGUGGUGGCACCAAUAAUGACAGUGAUGGUGGGAGCGGCAGUGCCGUGGUUAGGGGCGGCAUUGGCAGUGCUGCUGACACUGCCCCGGGCAUGUGGGUAUGACUUCGUGCUGCCGCGGGGGCAGCCUUCCCCCUCCUCUGACACCUAUACCAAAAAUUAUACCAUGCCAGGAGCUGUUCCUAAGGUGAACGACGCCUACCUGUGCACGGCUUUCAGCCUGGAUGAGAACGUGGAGGAGUGGGUGGUGAAGUUCGACCCGCUGGCCUCGGCCAACCGGGCGCACCACAUGUUGCUCUUUGGCUGCUCUGACGUCGACCAAAAUUUAAUGAAGAACGGAUACUGGGACUGUGGUCACCAUGGAGUGUGUAUGGGGGGACGCAUAAUGUAUGCCUGGGCAAAGAACGCACCGGCAACCAACCUGCCGAAGGGUGUGGGCUUCCGUAUCGGUGGCAAGACGGGUAUCCGCUACCUCACCCUCCAGAUCCACUACUCCAAGCCCCUGCCCGAGGGCGUCAACGACCACUCAGGUGUACGCAUGGAGAUGACGCAGCAAGAACAGAAGUACAAAGCUGGUAUCUACCUUCUGGCCUCCGGCUUCACCGACAUCCCUCCAAACACCGAAAAAACUCACGCGGAUAUGAACUGUGUCAUCGGUACAACCGGGGAGCCCACAGACAUAUACCUGUUUGCUUAUCGUGUCCAUGCCCACGUGUUGGGCACCGUCAUCUCGGGGUACCUGUUCGAUUCUGCGAAAAAGGAAUAUACGGAGAUAGCCAAGGGUAACCCACACUGGCCCCAGGCAUUCUACCCCAUGUCCCAGAUAUUUCAUGUUAAAACAAGUGACAUUCUCCAUGCUCGCUGCACCUGGAACUCCACCACACGUGCCAGGCAUACGUAUAUAGGCAGCACGGCCGGUGACGAGAUGUGCAACCUGUACCUCAUGUACUACACCGACCGUGACCAGGGGUCAGAGACGGGAGGCUGCGGCUACGAGAACUUUCCCGUCAUCACUCACAACCUUCCGGCGGACAGCGACGUUCCACUGCCGCCCAAUCCGCUGCUGGAGGAGCAUGCUCAAGGCGAAAAUACACAGAAGGAGACAGCCUACACCUACAAUGCUGUAGAAGACAGUUCCGUUGAGUUAGAGAAGAAAGGUCACUCGCGCAAGGACCCCCAGCCAGGUUAUGGCUACACGAACUACGAUGACGCAGACUACAGCUUCCGUCAGCAGGUGGGCACAGCAGACGAUGGCUGGGGUUCGCAGGUUAUUGGCGACUUCGGAGGUUACAGAGAUAACAGAUACCAGGUGAAGCCGGCCACUUUCAGCACCUACGACGAUGGCAGCAGCAACUUGCCGCAGUCGCCGCAGGUUCCUCAGGGUCGCCAGAUGAAUCAUGACACCCUAGAGCCUGUCUUGAGCCAAGCUCCGAAAGACAACAAGCCGCCGAAGCAGUCAGCGUAUCGCUUGAUACGAAACUGGGGCCAGAAGGAGGUGAGGUACGGCCAGGUGGUGGCGGUGGGUAUCGACACACACGGCGAUGUGCUGGUCUUCCACCGGGGGGAACGCUCCUGGGACGGCUCCACCUUCAUAGGCAACAACCUGAGGGACAAGGUCAACCCCAUCACCCAACAUACACUGCUGCUCCUCAGCAAGGAUGCUGGCAGCAUCCUACACAAGUGGGGAGAUAACUUUUUCUUCAUGCCGCACGGAUUAACCCUGGACAAGGAAGACAAUAUAUGGGUAACGGACGUUGGAUUGCACCAGGUGUUUAAGUUCCCGGCUGGUUAUGGUCAUGGACAACCUCUCCUAACACUUGGAACAAGAUUCGAAUCCGGAAGCGACAACACUCACUUCUGCAAGCCAACCGGGGUUGCUGUCUUGCAGAGCGGAGAAUUCUUCAUCUCCGACGGCUACUGCAACUCUCGAGUACUCAAAUUUUCUGCUGACGGGAAACUUCUGUUCCAGUUUGGAAAGUCCAGUGGCAGCGGUCUAGGAGGUUUAAGACUGGGUACGGCGACGCCAGGGACCUUCAGUAUCCCUCACGCACUGACGCUGGCUGACAACGACAAGGAGGUGUGUGUGGCUGACCGUGAGAAUGGACGAGUCCAGUGCUUCGCCGCGGCCAGCGGAAAGUUUGUCAGGCUGUUCCAGUACGACGACUGGGGCAGCCGUUUGUUUUCAGCUGCAUACACUCCGGCGUUUGGUGGGAGAUUAUUCGCCGUCAACGGACCCCAAAUGUUUGGAAGUCACCAAAUUUCCGUCUUCGAGGUGGAUUAUAAUUCAGCGAAACUCCUAGGCUCAUUUAGCCCUAACAAGCAGGGCUUCAGUAACCCUCAUGACAUCGCUGUAUCUGCUGACGGCUAUGACAUCUAUGUGGUGGAGAUCGGACCUAACAAACUCUGGAAAUUCAGCCUGGAUGAAAGUUCUCCUCCGACAACCACAACACAAAAGCCCAACCUGAUUCGUCGCAUCUCCAACUUUUUCUCGCUCAUUCUUUCAUAAACACAUCUGUGGUGCAGUUGUACCCUGGUAGUGGACCGUGGUACAGUUGUUGGAAUAUGAUACAGUAGAUUUAUCCAGUAACGCACUAUACAGGUGGUUGUCAACUUACGAUAGGGUUGUGUUCUGACGAACUUAUUGUAAGUUGAAUAUAUCGCAAAUUGAAAAUAUCUUAAGUCGAAUAUGAAUACGACAUGCUAAAUAAAUGAGUCGGUAAAUAACUACUGUAACUGAAUAAGUGAAUAAACAAAUAUUGACUGUAACUAACUAAAUACCAGUAUUGAAAAGUCAGUAAAUGAAUACAAGUUAGGGACUUGUUACCUUCAUGUUGGGUAAUUAUCUUGAGUUUCAUCUCCAAAGUAACUGCUUCUGUACCAUCGUAAAGUCGAACCAUCAUAAGUCAAACCAUGGUAAGUUGAGGACCACCUGUAUACAGGACCGCCUGUAUGACUGUAUACACUUGUAUACAGUCACUUGUCUCAUAAAGCGACUCUAUAUAGAGCAGUUAUUUGUAGACGCAAUUGUGUAAGUGCAUCAAAAACUUAACCCAUCCAGGGUCCGGACUCCUGAUCUAAAACUUAGUCUUGGAGUCCAAAAAUUAUCACCCCCCACCCCCCAAGGAAAAAAAAAUUCAUACGAAAUUGGUAAAGAAUCUUUUUGCAAAGGUAGCGACACCAAAACACAAAAUUUGAUGGAAAACUUGCGAAAUUACGCUGGUGCGAACUGAGCAGUCUCAGCGCAGUUUAUGCACUGGCAAUUUUCCCCACUUUAAGAUCAAUUUAAUUGUUCCAGUCAACCAAAUUCUUUGCUAUUUCGCUGGUACGUCUUCCGUACUGUCACUUGAGCACCAGAAACUGCCCAUUCAGCUGUUUCAACUACAUAGUGUACGGCUGUGGCUGUUGUCACUUAUUUGAGGGUUAUGGCUUCUAUCAUUGUAGGGUUAUGUCUGUUGUUAUUACUGUUAUUGUAGGGUUAUGUCUGUUGUUAUUACUGUUAUUGUAGGGUUAUGUCUUGUUAUUACUGUUAUUAUAGUUAUGUCUGUUAUCACUGUUAGUUAUGUCUGUUAUCACUGUUAGUUAUGUCUGUUAUCACUUUUAUGUCUGUUAUCACUGUUAGCUGUCUGUAAUCACUCUUAGUUAUGUCUGUUAUCACUGUUAGUUAUGUCUGUUAUUACUGUUAGUUAUGUCUGUUAUUACUGUUAGUUAUGUCUGUUAUUACUGUUAGUUAUGUCUGUUAUUACUGUUAGUUAUGACUGUUAUUACUGUUAUUGUAGGGUUAUGACUGUUAUUACUGUUAGUUAUGACUGUUGUUAUUACUGUUAUUGUAGGGUUAUGACUGUUGUUACUGUUAGUUAUGACUGUUGUUAUUACUGUUAUUGUAGGGUUAUGACUGUUGUUACUGUUAGUUAUGACUGUUGUUAUUACUGUUAUUGUAGGGUUAUGACUGUUGUUAUCACUGUUAUUUUAGUUAUGACUUGUUAUCACUGUUAUUUUAGUGACUUGUUAUCAGUUUUAGGCUUUAGUUCGUAGUUUUCAACUGUUGUUAACAUUUAAGCUGUUUUUGUUAAUAUAACACAGUGAGCUCUCUUCAAAAGCUCUACGUAAGGCCGUAUUUUUGGUUAAUGAGACUGAAAAAGUCCGUCCGAAAUUGAAUAGCGGACAGGAAGGCCUCGUGGCUCGUGUUGUUCAAUUUCCGGCGAACAUUGUUAAUCGCAUUUGCGGAAAUGGUCGUAUAGCGGAGCUUUAUAAGAGACGCCACUGUAUACCUUGUUAAGCUUACUGCAUUGUGUCUGUUAAGCUUACUGCAUUUGUUAAGCUUACUGUAUUUGUUAAGCUUACUGCAUUUAUUAAGCUUACUGUAUUUGUUAAGCUUACUGCAUUUGUUAAGCUUACUAUAUUUGUUAAGCUUACUAUAUUUGUUAAGCUUAUUGUAUUUGUUAAGCUUAUUGUUAUUUGUUAAGCUUACUGUAUUUGUUAAGCUUCAAGUAUUUGUUAGCUUACUGUAUUUGUUAAGCUUACUGUAUUUGUUAAGGUUAUUGUAUUUGUUAAGCUUACUGUAUUUAAGCUUAUUGUAUUUGUUAAGCUAACUGUAUUUGUUAAGCUUACUGUAUUUAAGCUUAUUGUAUUUGUUAAGCUUACUGUAUUUGUUAAGCUUACUGUAUUUGUUAAGCUUACUGUAUUUGUUAACCUUACUGUAUUCUGCUUGUAUUUUUCGUUGUAUCAAUAAUUUCAAAAUAUUUACAUUUGUUUUAUUUUGCACAUGUUUGUACAUGUUUGCACAUGUUUGCACAUGUUUGUACAUGUUUGUACAUGCUUGUAGUUCGUCUUCAAUUUUGAUGAUAAAUUCAUUGUUGUAUCUCAUUGUCCCGUGAGAUGAGACGUUUCUCAUGUACAGUCACUUCUCUUAUAUAGUUCUUCUAUGUACAGUCAGUCCUUUUAAAAAGUUCCACUAUAUACAGUCACUUCUCUUAUGCAGUUCCACUAUAUACAGUCAUUCUUUUAAAAAGUUCCACUAUAUACAGACACUUCUCUUAUGCAGUUCCACUAUAUACAGUCAGUUCUUUUAAAAAGUUCCACUAUAUACAGUCACUUCUCUUAUGCAGUUCCACUAUAUACAGUCAUUCUUUUAAAAAGUUCCACUAUAUACAGACACUUCUCUUAUGCAGUUCCACUAUAUACAGUCAGUUCUUUUAAAAAGUUCCACUAUAUACAGUCACUUCUCUUAUGCAGUUCCACUAUAUACCUGGAGAGAGUUCCGGGGGUCAACGCCCCCGCGGCCCGGUCUGUGACCAGGCCUCCUUAGAUCAGUGUCCCAGGAUGCGACCCACACCAGUCGACUAACACCCAGGUACCCAUUUUACUGAUGGGAAACAUAGACAACAGGUGGAAAGAAACACGUCCAAUGUUUCUACUCUGGCUGGGAAUCGAACCCAGGCCCUCGCCGUGUGAAGCGAGAGCGUUAACCACCAGGCCACCAGAGCCAGUCAGUUCUCUUAUACAGUUCCACUAUAUACAGACACUUCUCUUAUACAGUUCCACUAUAUACAGUCAGUUCUUUUAAAAAGUUCCACUAGUACAGUAGAACCUCCAUAUCCGCGGAUUCGGUUUCCGUGGUUCACCGCGGCCAAAAAAUAAGCCUCAACUUUGCUUAAUAACGGCAUCAGAGGACAACGGUAGUGAUGGUGGGAGUUGUUUUGAGGCUGAGAGAAGCCGUCAAGUGCUGCCCAGCACUGGACAAGUGAUAAUUCUCCACUUAUUGUGCGUAAUUUAUCAAUUAGACUUUAUCGUAGGUUGAUACAGUCUUGGUACAGUCUUGAUACUGUCCUGAUACAGUCUUGAUGCAGUCUUGAUACAGUCUUGAUACAGUCUUGAUACAGAUUUAGACACACAUACAACAUCUGGGUAUCAUUAUUGUAGAUGUUUCACCAUCCAGUGGCUUUAUCAAUACAGAUUCUAGGACAUAAUUUGAAGACAGAAGAACUGUAUACAAAAGAUGAGGUAAACAGUCCCUCAGUCUUGGUGUUGGUGUGAAGACCACCGUAGUUGUAGAGAUUCUGGAGCAGAGACGAGGAGACUGGCGCUCAUAUACUAAUCUUCAUCUUGUCGGUAUUGUAUACCGUUCUUGCACAACUUGUCAGACACUGCAACAUAAUGGAAUCUUGGUUCAGAGGACAUCUACAAGACCUUCUUCACAGCUACUACAACUUACCCAUCUCUUUGGGUAGGACCUACUUCCACUGGGGAAUCCCGCCUACCAGUGACUAUGCCCUCAUCUGCUACCCAUCCCCUUUCCACCUGAUGAUUAGUAUAUAAGCGCCAGCCUCGUUGCCUCUGCUCCAGAAUCUACGGUGGUCUCCACGCCAACACCAAGGCCGAGGGACUAAUUAUCUCAUCUUUUGUAUAUGGUUCUACAGUCCUAGAAGCUGUACUGAUAAAGCCACUGGAUGGCAAAAUGUCUAAAAUCAAGAUACCCAGAUGUUGUACAUGUGUCUAAAUCUUCAUCUUGUCAGUAUUGUUUAUCAUGCAUGUACGACAGUCGAGAUACAGUCCUGAUACAGUCUAGACACAGUCUUCAUAUAUGUAAAUGAAAACGACUUCUAUAUAGAUUUCGCUACUGUCCAUGGUUUUGGGCAUCCAUGGUACGUCUUGGAAGGUAUCCCUAGAGGAUACCAGGGUACUACUGUAUACCAGGGUACUACUGUAUGCCAGGGUACUACUGUAUGCCAGGGCACUACUAUAUACUAGGGCACUACUAUAUACCAGGGUACUACUGUAUACCAGGGUACUACUGUAUACCAGGGUACUACUGUAUAGCAGGGUACUGCUGUAUACCAGGGCACUACUGUAUGCCAGGGUACUACUGUAUAGCAGGGUACUGCUGUAUACCAGGGUACUACUGUAUGCCAGGGUACUACUGUAUACCAGGGUACUAUUGUAUACCAAGGUACUACUGUAUACCAGGGUACUAUUGUAUACCAAGGUACUACUAUAUACCAGGGUACUACUAUAUACCA